AUUUAAUCUAGAGCAUGUGUAACCCAAGAUCUGUAUAAUGUAUUGCAUGAGUGCAGAAUUCCAGGAGUCAUUGUGCUCGAUCAGCCUGGAGCUCGAUCUUGUCUCGUGUCCAUAUAUAUUAGUGCAUGCUGUUUUUCUCCCAUCUUUCAAUUUUCUUUCUCCUGUUCUUUCUUCGAAACAAACGCUAGCUCAGCCCAGUAACAGCGACAAGCCAUGAGGUCACCUUGCGCGCUUAUACUUUGCUCUGCACUUGGAUACCUUGCAGAAGCUCACAACAUUUUUGGUAUACUGCUUGUGAACGGAACAGAGUCCCCCGAAUGGAAAUACGUUCGCGACGUCGCAAGGGUUUACCCGGACCCACUGCGUCCUGAAGACGAAUUCCAGAAAACGAUCCCGGACUAUGAUAUGGAUGGCGCAAAUAUUACGUGCGGUAGAAAUGCAUUCGAUGCCGCAGCUAAGACUGAGACCGCCGAUGUUCUCGCAGGCUCUGAGGUCGGCUUUCGAGUGUCGUGGAGCGGGGGUGAAGCGAGAGGAGGGAUCUAUCAUCAAGGCCCUCUUCAGGCCUACCUUUCUCGGGCACCGAAUGAUGACUUGGAGCAUUACCGUGGAGAUGGAGAUUGGUUCAAAAUUGCUUGGAACAAGCCGACCACCAAUUACCACUGGGACACUUGGGGCGCGACCGAGUGGAACUUCACCAUUCCUCUAAAAACGCCUCCAGGUCGAUACUUGCUCCGGGUCGAGGACUUCAUGCCGUCUCAUAUUCAAGGCCAAACGCAGUGGUAUAUCAAUUGCGCGCAUGUCAAUAUCAUCGGUCAGGGUGGCGGGAAUCCUUCCGGAUUCGCUCGGUUCCCAGGUACUUACCGAUAUGAUGACCCGGGUAUCUGGAUCCCCGUUAACCAAUAUGAAAACGGUGGUUGGGUAAAGAAUGAAGACAUGCGAUUACAAGAUUAUGUUCCUCCUGGACCGCCAGUCUGGACAGGCUAGGUGCAGAAAGGCGGAUAAUGGGGUACAUGAUGUUUCCCGGAGCGAGAGUUUAACAAAUGCAUGAUAUUGUGAUUG